AUGGAUACUGUGUUUUGUGGACCACGCUUGUUGUCAGAAGAGGAUAUUCCUGGCAGCGCGCUUUCUGGUCGAAAGCCUUCUGCUCUGAAGAAUUCCGAGCUUAAGUUCUGGCUGCAAUGUCGCGGUGAUUCUUGCAAAGGGUUGAAGACGAAGGCGCUACUUGUCAAAAGGCAAGUAAAUAAAAUGGCUUUUAAUAACGUUAAAAUUGUGAUCAAAUACAUAAGUUUUUAUUGAUUUUCAACAUGCAUGUUUAUAGUGUUUACUUUUACCUUUAGGGUAGAUGAGUAUGUAAGCAGAGGCUUGGAGGGGAAUAUUGUUGAUCCUGACGAGUCAAUGAUGUAUACCAAGCGCAAGCUUCAUCAACUCCAUAUGGCCAGCACAACCACAUCUGCUAGUAUGCCCAGUACAAGCUUGGGUGCCUCAACGCAAACAAAGCACACACCGAAGUUUCCUACAGAUGGCUGGGGCACAUCACUUUCAAAGGCACCAUUCUUUAGUCGAGUGGAGAUAGACAAACACAUUAGAGAAUCUGGGAAAAAUGUGGGUGGUGGGAGUUAUCACACACUGCCUACAGGGCUUAUGAGAGCCAAAGCCUAUUUGCAAGAUGAAUAUUUACAUGGUAUUCAGACAACAUAUGACCAACGCUAUUUCUUCUAUCGUGCCAAAUGCUUUCAUAGCUUUAAAAAGAAUGAAAGCCCUCAUGAAUUGAAACUUGCCUUGUGUGUGGUUUCGGGUGAUAUUAUUCAUGCGUACUGUGGUCCUACAUGUGCAGCAGGAAAGUCUGGGUUUUGCAACCAUAUUUUGGCACUAAUGCUGAAGGCUUGCAAAUUCAGUCUAUUUAACUGCCAGAAGGUAACUGACCUGAAAGACGAGGAUGAUGAAAAUCCUUCUUCAGCAUGCACUUCAUCCCUACAGCAAUGGCACCAACCAAGAGUCGAAGGAAUCGCACCACAACCAGUAAUGGAAGUUGUUGUGAUGAAAACCCAUACAGACGAAAAGAAAACGGAUGGUGUGAAGUGCAAGCUGUAUGAAGCAAGGAAACAACAACAGUCAAAUGUUGCUAAAUUUCUAGAAACUGUUAAAGAAAUUGAUGCAACAUUUGGCUUAGUUCAGACUUGCGAAGUGAAUGAAAGUUCAUCACAAGUACCAACAAAAUUUGGUUGCAGUCCAGCUGGUUCAUUUGGCUCCUAUCAACUUUCAUUCCAGGAGUCUAACUUUAAUGUGACAUCUUCAUUCGAAAUAAGUUCAUCUACAAGCCAUACCCAUACAGUCAUCCCAAAUUAUCCAUCCUUCCCACUGGAUGAUUUGAAUGAAAGUUAUGUAUUGCCUGUGCCAGAAGGUUUGGAUAAUGCACAGAAAAAACUUUUAGAUAGUUUAACAGUAUCACUAAUAGAUGCCAACAAACUAGAACAGGAAACCAGGGAACAGUCCAGCUGUGAUGAGUGGGUACAAGCUCGAAAGCUGCGAUUUACAGCCUCAAGAUUUGGUAAGGUGGCAAGAAGAAAAAAGAACUUUGAAAAGUUUUGUUGUGAUCAAAUCACUGCAAAGCCUUUUAAAUCUCGAAGCACUGAACAUGGCAUAUACUAUGAGCCAAUCGCCAAAAGGGAAUACCAGAAAUACAUGGAGAAGAUUGGUCAUCCAGUUAGUGUAAAACAAUCUGGGUUUUUUGUCUCCCCCAAACUUUACAUUCUUGGAUGUUCACCUGAUGGAAAAGUAAUUGAUACUAAUGCUGGUAGCAAUGGAGAUGAGUUUGGACUACUAGAAAUUAAAUGUCCAAGCUCCAAAUUUACUGUGACUCCAACGGAUGCAUGCAGUGAUAAAAACUUUUGUCUUGAGAUUCAAGGUGAUAUGCCAAAACUUAAGAAAAACCAUGAAUAUUAUGAUCAGGUGCAAGGACAGAUGGGACUGACUGGAACUAAAUGGUGUGAUUUUGUGGUGUACACAAAAGUAGGCAUGAAUGUUGAGAGAAUAACAUUUGACCAAGACCACUGGCAACAGCUCCGUGAAAAACUUUGCUCUGUGUACUUAACACACUUUUUACCUGUUGCGGCAAAAUCGAGCUGAUAAACAAAUUGACUUUAACCUAUUGAGUGGCAGCACUCUCCCCUGACAAGUAAAAUAAUCUGGCGUUAGACACAAUAAGAUAAUAAAGUAGGGCGCAUUGCCACUUGAAGGGUAAAAUUGGGAAAUUGAAUUGAGAAUUAACAAAUUGAGCUUGUAAACAAAUUAACAUGGGGGCAAUUGCCAUGGAUCCUAAGUUUGUCUAAGGCCAGAUGAUUUUACUUGUCAAAGGAUAAAUGUUGGGUUAGUAAUGGGUUAAUAUUUAUUAUUAGUCUUAAUAUUUCAAUGAGAUAACAAAUAAUGAAGUCAUCAUGCAAUUCAAUAUAAUGAAUUUAACAAACUUUAAUUACUCAUUUUUAAUUAUACAUAUUUUGAAUUUUUAGGUGACUUUAUACUAUGGAAUAUAUUGUCACUUGCAACUAAGGAUGAACAGUCACAGAUAAAAACAUUGUCUAUCAUGAUUGGUUGAUCAGUUUUAAACUCACAUGCUCUUGACAAACGUUGAAGAUUCUCAGUGAAAACAUUGAACUUUGUCAUGAGAAUAGACAAAAGUUCAAUGUUUAGUUGCAAGCGAUGGUAUUUCUGUGAAAACAAAAAAACUGUUUCAUUUGAGGACUAGAAUAAUUGUAUAUAUUUUCAGAAAUAUUAAAUUAAAAAUAAGGGUGUACAUACAAAUUAUUAUAACUAGUUAUGUUAAUUACCUGAUCAUUAAAACCAUUUGAGUUUGGAAAAAAGCCACUGAGUGAUUACCCAUCAAAACUGACAAAAGUGACACAGUCAUGUUUGAGUGAUUAUAUUUUGUACAAUAUGAAUACAUACUUCAAAUAAUUUCAGGACUUUUUCAAGUAG